CGUCUUUUUCAUUUCCCUCUCCGGCAUAUUCGCUUUCCUUGUCUCUCGCUGGCGAAGACAGGCAAUAUCCUCAAUGUUUCUUUUUUUUCCAUGUUUUCUUAUGUCUCUUAUUCCCGUUCCUCUCCAUCCUUCUAUCCUCUUCCUCUGUCUCGUUUCCCUUUGCUUGCCAGUCCUAUUUUCCUGCAUAAUACCAAUUUACCAAACGGCAUGCUGCAUUUUUUCCUGGGGAUAUCAUUUAUCACGGUUAUGCGCAUGAAGUCUAUUAUCUUAGUCUGCUCCGAAGUAUACGCGGAUCGUGUUUAUCGUCACGAUAUGGUGGUUAUGCGUAUAGCUUUUUAUCAUCACAGCUAAUGGAGAGAUUUCUUUUCUUGUAUCAGUACAAAAGCAAUACGACUUUGUUAUAAAAUUAAAAGUGAAAAGUCUUUUUGUGGUUGGCGUGCAGAUUUGUCAGUAGUGCUCUUUCAAGGUCUAUCGGCUUG